AAUAUAAUGUUUAAUUCUAAAUCCCCCGUUUCGAAAUUGGCUAAAAGGAUCCUCAAACUAAGAUCCCCGAGACCUCGGAAGUUGUUCAGAGACCCUAUUGUCAAAGACAUGAAGGUGUCUCUAAAAACUAAAGGAAGGAGUCGCUGGAGUAAUAAUACGAAGAAGUCAAGGAGAUGUAUCCAAAGAAGUCUUAACAAAACUCUUAUAUCUCCUUCUAGAUGUACUAAUAGGGCUAACAUAAAGUCGCCUUUGAAACUUGCGAACAAAUUGAUCCUCAAAAAGAGUAGGAAGACUAGUGAUCCUACUAAGACUUCUUCUGAGCAACAAAUCAAGGUUGAGCAGUUCAAGGUGCAACAGAAGGAGCAUCUCUUUUGGAGAAGCUUUCAUUCCAAUAUUAUUGAGUACACUCAAAACAAGGUGGAUGAUGCAAAGAUGGCUAGGUUUAAGCCCCUUACUUCCCCCUUGAGACUUAUGGAUAAGCUCACUCAAGUAAGAGAGAGGAACUCUAGGAGAGUUCUCUCUCCAGGUCUGCAGCCUAGAAGAGGCCUUCUGAGCCCUGAGAGUACCAGCGAGCAGCAAACAUUUACUACAGCGAAUGAUGAGGCCCUUCUGAACUUUGAAAAGAACUUUAGAGCAGGGAGCUCUAUUACAUAACCUAAUCUUUUA